AACAGGGUAACUGCUUUUAUUGGAGGCAGUGUGAUGAUGUGGAGCAGCAUCUAACUCACUGGAAAAAUAAGGCAUGUCAUCAUUGGGGACAGUCUAGAUGCAGAGAAAUGAUAUUCUGCAACCAGUGGCAAUCCCAUAUUUUCACAGUCUGGGACAGAACUCUAUUCGGUGCUUCCCAGCAGAGUGAAAUACUACCUCCAAAAUUUGUGAGUAAAGAGGAUGGAAUGGCCUGUCUUCAGUCCUGGCCUUAACCCCACUGAAAGCUUGUGAGAUCACCUUAUAUGUGCUGCUUGUGCCAGAGUGACCAACACAACCACACCAGAUGACUUUUGACAAAUGCUGGUUGAAAACGGGAUGGCAUCCCACAGCAGUGUGUGACCAUCAUGAGACUGAGGUGUGAGGCUUUAUUUUGAAAAACAUGCACGCCGGAAGUGUUUUCUCUUUUCUAACAGGCGGAACUGAGUUGCGUGAUUAUCUCCAGUGGGAGGUUUGUGUUCAAGUGAGAGAGGUAUUAGCGUGAAUCCUGUCAACAAACUCUUAUAGAGUGUUAUGUGUGACUUUUGUUAAAUGGACAUUUCUUGACAGAAGUCUUUCUACUUCAAGGGCAGCGCUUAGUCACAACAAAGAGGAAUAAAUGUCAUCUGAGUCCUGACCCCUGGAACCCUCCAGCCCAGAACUUAAUUUACGUUUUGCGGUGAGGCCAUGACUACUGUCAACAUUACCAGAGAUAUCAUACACCGGCAAAUCAGGGACAACAGAGCGUCAGGCUUCCAACGGUUUCAUCAUGUGACCGACUCUUUUAUCAAGAGACUUGGACUGGAGGCUGAACUUCAGGGCCAUACUGGCUGUGUGAACUGCUUGGAAUGGAACGAACAAGGAGACUUGCUGGCUUCAGGUUCAGAUGAUCAACAUGCUAUCAUCUGGGAUCCAUUCAGACACAAGAAGCUUACAACUAUGCACACAGGUCAUGCAGCAAAUAUAUUCUCUGUCAAGUUCCUCCCUCACUCAGGGGACAGGAUCUUGGUAACAGGCGCGGCCGACACAAAGGUCCACGUACAUGACCUGACCGUGAAGGAAACUAUCCAUAUGUUUUCUGAUCAUACCAACAGAGUUAAACGCAUCGCCACAGCACCCAUGUGGCCCAACACCUUCUGGAGUGCUGCAGAAGAUGGCAUCAUCAGACAGUAUGACCUGCGGGAGAGCAGUAAACACUCUGAGGUGCUAAUUGACCUGACAGAGUUCUGUGGUCAGCUGGUUGAGGCCAAGUGUCUAGCGGUCAACCCACGGGACAACAACUACCUGGCUGUGGGAGCCAAUGGGCCUUUUGUUCGCCUCUAUGACAUCAGGAUGAUACACAAUUACAGGAAAUCUUUGAGUCAGAGCACAUCAGCAGCUGUGCACACAUUUUGUGAAAGGCAGAAGCCCAUUCCAGAUGGUGCUGGGCAAUAUUAUGUAGCAGGGCACCUGCCAGUAAAACAUUCUGACUAUAAGAACCGCCUGAGGGUGCUGGUGGCCACAUAUGUUACCUUCAGCCCAGAUGGCACUGAGCUGCUUGUUAACAUGGGUGGGGAACAGGUGUAUCUGUUUGAUUUGACGUUUAAGCAAAGGCCGUAUACAUUCUUGCUUCCAAAAAAAUGCCAGUCAUCAACAGGAGAUGUGCAGAAUGGAAAGACAACAAAUGGCGUCUCCAAUGGAAUUCACUUGCCAUCCAGCCACAUUUGCUUUGCUGGAAAUAAAAUGCACUCUAGUUCUACUGAGCUUCCUCCUCACUUGGAGAAAAUAAAGCAACAAGCAAAUGAUGCAUUUGCCCACCAGCAGUGGACACAGGCCAUCCAGCUGUAUAGUUUAGGCAUCCAUGAGGCCAGCAGCAAUGCUAUGCUGUAUGGGAACCGGGCAGCAGCUUAUAUGAAACGCAAGUGGGAUGGAGACCAUUAUGAUGCCCUCAGGGACUGUGUGAAGGCUCUGACACUAAACCCCAGCCAUCUGAAAGCACAUUUCAGGCUGGCACGGUGUCUGUUUGAGCUGAAGUAUGUGACUGAGGCUCUUGAAUGUCUGGAUGAUUUCAAAGGAAAGUUUCCAGAGCAGGCACACAGCAAUGCCUGUGAUGCCUUAGAUAAAGACAUCAAGGCCGCUCUUUUCUCCAAGUCAGAAUCAGCAGAAGAUAAGAAGGCCAACAGCUCCAACCGAUUUCACUCUUUCACCCGGAAAGAGUCCAUUCCUGAGGAUGAGUUGGUGUUGAGAGAGCGCAGUUUUGAUUACAAGCACAGAUACUGUGGUCACUGUAACACCACCACUGACAUCAAAGAGGCCAACUUCUUUGGAAGCAAAGGCCAGUAUAUUGUCAGCGGCUCAGAUGAUGGCUCUUUCUUCAUCUGGGAAAAGGAGACGACUAAUCUAGUGAGGAUCCUGCAGGGGGAUGAAUCCAUAGUUAACUGCCUACAGCCUCACCCCAGCUACUGCUUUCUGGCUACUAGUGGCAUCGAUCCUGUAGUUCGAUUAUGGAACCCCAGACCAGAGACAGACAAUGAGAACGGACGUGUAGUGGAGGACAUGGAGGGAGCUGCUCAAGCAAAUCAGCGGCGUAUGAACGCUGAUCCACUGGAGGUCAUGCUGCUUAACAUGGGCUAUCGCAUCACUGGUCUGCGGGGUGUUGGCCCAGAUGGUUCAGAUGAUGAAGACAGCUCAGAGGGACAAGUACAGUGUAGGCCAAGCUAAACAAAGAGUUUUCCAUUCUGUUGAAUGGAUUUAGGAAGCAAAGCACUCUCCCAGCUCUCGUUUGAAACUUAAUUCCUGCACCUCUCUCUGACAGAACAUUGAGUGAAUGUCAUGUCACAUCUCUGCACUAUGCAUCACCCCCGCUGUCCCAUGCCAGGAUUUGUGGAGGCAACUUUGGGGAGAGGAAUUCAUAGAGAGUAGAGGCAACAUCCUCCUCGCCCUUACAGAGCACCUACAACAUCUCGGCCUGCCCCUCCAACCUGUGAUGGCAGGGUGACACCUGUGAGGAAAACACCUUCCACGUCACCCGCAGUUUCUCACAAAAAAGGGAGGAGUUGAGCACUUAACCUCUCCUUAGGUUUAUGUUGGUGAAACAUGCAUUGUGGGGUCAGGUGACAUAUGUUCUGGUCAGCGUGGCUACAAAUUCAGAGUCUCUAUAGAGGAUCAGAUCACCGACCAGAAAACAGUGCUUAGUUGCAUCUCCUGUCUGCUCUGUAGAUGGAGCAGUGUGUCACAGUGCCCACUCAUCUCGGAAAGUCUGCACAUGCAAGUUAAUUUAGAUUUAACUAAGUUUAACUCUCAUUUUCAGGUGGCGUUUUGGUCACAGGAAGCCUAGAAUUAAUUGUUGCUCUUCAAGUCGUGAUAGUUGUUGCUCCAAUUAAAUGUAUUUAUAAGCUUUGUUUAGUUUACAAGGAUCUGAAAAACAAGGUGUUUCGUCUGCCAAAGGCUACCAUCUAUUAUUUCAACAGCCAAGGAUUAAUGUUGGUUUCUGUGUUUCAUUCAAAAAUAAUUUUGGCUCAUUUUAAGUUGAGAGCUUUUACUACAAUGGCUUAUUAACAACUCAACAAGUUCUUGAAAAAUGUUUUCUUUUUAUUUUUAAAGAAGGAAAAAGGCUGUUUUUUUAAGUCCUAUUGGUUGCACAUGCCAUUUGAGAUGAAAUGUUGGUGUCAAAAGUUUGUUGGGAAUGAGUGGGACACAGAUGUGGAUUUGUGUUGUGUAACAAAUGGGUGCAAAGUAUUGGGUGAUGGGGUUCCUGGCUGCAUGGCUCUAGCAUUCAUCCUCAGCUGCAGUCAGGUGUUUAGUAUUUAUGAGGCUUUCUUGACCGUAGCUGUGAGGAAAUGAAGACCACAGCUUCUUCACAUCUGGUGCUCAGAGAGCAGCUCAUUGAAUCUUCUUCGCCCCCAAGAAAGAUUAUGUUUACAAAUGGAUCCUCAGCAACAUGCAUCACAAGGCUUCCACGUGUUUUACUUUACUCAUGAAUUGGUUUUUCUUUUGAGGAUUCCUGUAAUAACAUUUGUUAAAAGAAAACAAAGAUUAAAAUGAUUGAACACGU